UGGGGGCCGCCGGCCGAGUCGAGCCGGCGAGCGAGGAAAGGGGGAACAAAUCAACAAACAGUCGGGCUGGCACUGGCAGUCCCAGUCAAAGCUCUCUCCGCUCUGCCGUCGCUCGCCACCGGAAUUCGGGGAUCGGUGGGAAGAACAAAGAAAAGAAAAGAAAUCGCCGAUCGAUUUCUCCCGAAAUAAACCCCCCCACCUUUUUUCUACCUCCUUCCGUCUGUUUCCGGAGGGCGACUGAUGUCUUUUCUCGGGGCUGGGGCGGCCGUCCAGCGACCACGGAGCUGCUGCGCCUGCGCGGAGGCAGUUGGGGAGGAGUAGUCGCUCUACCCCUACCACUCCCGCUCCAAUCUAGCGACGACGACGACGACGACGACCCGCCCGCCCCAUGGAAGACCAAUCGCCUGACCAUAUAUCAGUCGGUUCAGCACAAAAGAAGUCUAGUACUUCCUCACGAGGCCGGCACCGUAAUUUCUCAUCAUCAACAUGCAAAGAUUUUCUCCGGAAGUUUGUGGACAGUGAACUUUUAACUUCAAGCCUAGAGGAUUGGUUCUCUGGUCACAGUGAAGAUUGUGGUUUCAGGAAGCCAUCUUUUGAUGUUCCUUUCGACCUUACAGAAUUACAGAGUUUUGAUUACGCUCUGGAGAGUGUUACUUUUCAGCAGCUAGUACGGAUGCCAAAUGCCCUAUAUGCAUCGACAUCAGAUGUUUUUGAAGCUACUGCAUAUCUUGCUUUAGAGGAUUUCCUUCAUGCAAGCAUUAAAGGACUGUGGCAAACUUUCUGGGGUCCUGAUGAAUCAAUGCCAUUUUCAGUUGCCUGUAUACACAGCACAAGCUCCAAAUUUUAUCCUGCUGAGAAGGCUAUUAGCAGUGGAAAACUCGAUGGUGUUUGUGCAACCGCUAUACUACUCAAGAAUUUGAAGCAUUCACAAGGAAGAUGGGACCAUAUUGUCGUCUUGGCUUUGUUGAGACCUGAUAUUGGAAUGGUUUCUGCACAUGGUGACCAGGAGCCGUCUCCUGCUGUUUUAGGGGAGGCACUGUUCUUUGCUUUGCGUGUCCUACUAUCUCGAAGCCUUGGCAGAUCCUCCACUGUUCUUCGCAAUUCAGACUGUGUUUACUUGCUUCUUGUUGAUUCACAGUUUGGCGGAGUGGUAAAAGUGCAAGGUGAUUUGAACAAGCUGGAUUUUGACCUAAACAAUGUUUAUGACUGUGCUGCUGAAUGGAUAAAGAAACAUGCCAACAUUUCAGUUUCUUCCAUAGAUCGAGUAUGGAACAAACUUGGGAAUGCUAACUGGGGAGACAUCGGGACCCUUCAGGUUCUCAUUGCAAUGUUUCACUCAAUGAUCCAAUUUUAUGGAGAGCCUAAGUAUUCUCUUGAUGAGCUGGCAACGGAACAUAGUUCAAGGCUACAAAGUCGAAGAUCAGAAAGACAUUUGGUUGACAGACAAGCUAAUGGUAAUGGUUUAUUUCGAUUCCAACAGCGGAGUCGUUCUCCUGAAAUUGUUGAAGUACAGGAGGAAGCAGCUGUCGAUGUGAAACCACAUGAAACCUUAAGGAUUGAAAUAGGAUCUGUUGUGUUGAUGGAUGAUGCUUACAUGCAGAAAGGUUUUCAGAUCAAUGACAUCCUAACAGACAGUGAUCCUCCUAUUUAUACUUCUACUCCUGUAGAAGAACCUACCAGAACCUAUUUGCUGUAUGUGGGCUCCAGCCCUUCUCAUUUGGAACCGGCAUGGGAGGAUAUGAACUCCUGGUACCAAGUACAGAGGCAGACAAAAGUACUGACUGUGAUGAAGCAAAGAUGCAUUUCUAGCAGAUAUAUACCACAGAUGGUAUCUUCUGGACGGCUCGUCCAUCCAGGCCCAUGUAACAAGCCUAACUCAAAUGGAAGUUGUGGCCAUCCAUGGUGCAGUACUCCAAUGCUUGUCACCUCACCAGUCGGUGAGACCAUUUCAAAUCUGAUAAGGAAUGGACUGUUUGGUGUUGAGGAGGCUCUGAGAUGUUGCCAUGACUGUUUAUCUGCUCUCGCCGCCGCCGCAGCAGCAGGAAUCCGCCAUGGUGAUAUCCGGCCAGAGAAUGUGAUCCGUGUCAAUAACGGCUCAAGGCAUCCAUAUUUCGUGCUUAUUGGAUGGGGCCAUGCUAUCCUAGAAGAUAGAGACCGGCCUGUGAUGAAUCUAUUCUUCUCAUCCACGUUUGCGCUCCAGGAAGGAAAACUAUGUGGAGCAUCUGACGCAGAAAGUUUAAUCUAUCUUCUAUAUUUCUCUUGUGGUGGAGUUUGCCCUGAGCUUGACUCUGUUGAAAGUGCACUUCAGUGGAGGGAGACUUCGUGGUCGAGGAGAGUCAUACAGCAGAAGUUGGGCGACAUCUCUGCGGUGCUGAAAGCUUUUGCGGAUUAUGUUGACAGCCUUUGUGGAACCCCGUACCCGAUGGACUAUGAGAUCUGGUUGAAACGGCUUCGAAGAACAAUGAACGAAGAUCAUGGGAAGGAGGUCGACACAUCCUCGAGUUAAUAACACAGCGCCAUUUUCUCGCAAAUCCGAGAUUCGGAAGAUCAAGUGAUUGGCCUGUUACCUGUUUUUGUUGUUGUAGAUAAUUUAUUUGUGAAAGGUCCAUAGGUCAUAGUCUGUCCAUCGUUUUGAUAUACCGUUGCUUGGAUAUAAGGGUAUUCUGAAGUUGCAAUCUGCUGCUGCUAUCCUCAAUGGGAUCACUGCCCAGUGUUUACUAUCCCGUGUGCUUGCCCUAAGCCCUUCCUUCGCACAGGUGAUCCUUGAGGAUAUCAGCAACAUGAUGUAUUUUGUGAAUCUUGGGUAAAUUGGUGAGCCUCCGCUCUGGUUGCCUUGA